AUGGCUGCCCCCGCUGAAAAGACCAUCACUGACUUCAGUGGUAAAUGGCUCCUCAACAAGAAUCUGUCCGAUAGUUCAGAGCCUAUUCUCGCUCUGCAGGGCAUCGGCUACCUUACUCGCAAGGGCAUCGGCUUGGCUUCAAUUACUAUCGAUGUCAACCAGUACAAUGCCCCUCCUAAGCCACCAAACACUUCCACAGACGUGUUCACUCACGUCGACAUCACCCAGACCGCUUCUGGCUUGUCAAGCACCCAGGAGAACCGGUGUCUUGACUUUGAGGAGCGUGAGCACUCUGACUGGCUUUUCGGUGCCGUCAAGGGCCGUUCCCGUUUCAUUACUCUUGAUGAGGUUGAGGACGACUUUCUCAAGGAGGGCUGGCUUGUUGAGGGCGAGGGCAAGUUCAUCCAGAGUAUCGCCGAGAGCGUCGACAAUGGCUGGGUCGCUACUCAGAUCUGGGGAUUUGAGGAGAUCAAGGGCGAGAGGAGAUAUGUCAGGCACAUUGUGGUGACCAAGGGUGACAAGAGAGUCACCGCCAAGCUCAUCUACGACUACCAGGGUUAG